CAGUUACUCCCCCGUUUUCAUCACGAAGUACAAAUACAAACGCAGUGCCGGCCGCCGGGGGGAAGGGGUUCAGGCGACCGGAGAUUGAUUUGAUUAAAAAUGUGGGGGCAAAAGAUGGCCGCUCAAGCUGCAAACGAAUAGGGCAGCGAGCAACCAUGGAAGCCUCCUAUCUUUACUGUGAGCCCAUCACACUGACGUGUGCCACAAUUGAAACCUUUUCUCGUGGAAUACCACGCCACCGCUACCUCAAGAGGUAAAGCGCUCGGCCUUGGGCUCUGCUUGCUUCUCUUCUCCCCCAUUGCCCCUGCUUUUAUAGCAAUCUGCUAGGGUUUACUCUUCACUGUUUCCCAUUUACUUAAACGACGCCGUAGUUUUGAUUCCCCCGUUCCCAUUUCCAUUACGAUCGGCGUGUGGAUAGCUCGUCCAAGUUCAAGGAAAUUAGGCUUGUAGCUGAAGAAAAUACAGGAAUGGAAAGAGUUCGAUUCAAUCUCAACAACGUGAGGUUAAUCGUCGGUCGUCGGCAGCUCCAUGGAUCAUGCAGUUCGGAUGUGAAGCGGCCGCGGCGGCAGCAACCUACUCUACCAAAGUCAUUACCGAUUCCCGACCUUCAUAAUCCGUACUUGCAUCAAAGUCCUAAUCCUCCUGAAGCUAAGUACUCGCAGCAGGAGUUCGCUACGCUCUGUAGUCUUCUCAGAGAGUCCAAUCUCUGUCCCGGUUCUUCCCUCCAGAAUGCUUUGGACGGGACAGGAAUCGAGCCGGAGCAGCCUGGUCUGUUGGAGGCGGUAUUUGAGAAAUUCGAUUCGUCUCCUAGAUUGCUCUACUCGGUGUUUUUAUGGGCUGAGAAGAGACCGGGGUUUCGGUGCUCUGAGGCGCUGUUCAAUUCGAUGAUUAACACACUUGGCAAAGCGAGGGAAUUCGACACUGCGUGGUCUCUGGUUCUUGAUAGAAGUGGUGGAGAUGAAGCCCUUCAUUUGGUUUCCGGUGAUACAUUUGCCAUUCUCAUCAGAAGGUAUGCUCGUGCAGGAUUACCUGAAGCUGCAAUCAGGACCUACGAGUAUGUGAGAAAUUUAGACUUGCUUGGCAAGCCAGAUGCUGGAAUUCGCUUGCUUGAGAUUUUGUUAGAUUCUCUUUGCAAGGAAGGGCAUGUUCAGGCAGCUGCAGAGUAUUUCCGGAGUAAAAAGAAGACAGAACCUUGCUGGGUUCCCACAAUUCGUGUAUAUAAUAUACUUUUAAAUGGAUGGUUUAGGUCCAGAAAGCUUAAACAAGCAGAGAGGCUUUGGUUUGAGAUGAAGAAGAAUGACGAAGUGAAACCGAAUGUUGUGACCUAUGGUACUCUUGUAGAAGGAUAUUGCAGAAUGCGACGUGUUGAGAUUGCACUUGAGUUGGUGGAUGAAAUGAGAAGAAAAGAAAUCAAGCCGAAUGCUAUUACAUACAAUCCAAUUAUUGAUGCACUAGCUGAAGCUGGCAGGUUUAAGGAGGCUUCUGGGAUGAUGGAGCACUUCUUACUGUGCGAGACAGGCCCUACUCUCCCCACAUAUAAUGCUUUGGUUAAGGGAUACUGCAAAGCUGGGGAUCUUGUAGCCGCCAGUAAGAUUCUUAGAGCCAUGAUCGAUAGGCGAUUCAUUCCUACUUCCACAACAUAUAACUAUUUCUUCAGGCAUUUUGCAAAAUUCCGAAAAGUUGAGGAGGCAAUGAACCUGUAUACGAAGAUGAUUGAUUCUGGAUAUGCCCCUGAUCAUCUCACCUACAAUCUCUUGUUGAAGAUGUUGUGUGAGGACGAGAGGUUAGACUUAGCUGCUCGGAUUAGUAAGGAGAUGGAAGUGAGAGGAUGUGAUAUGGAUUUGGCUACUAGCACAAUGUUGACUCAUUUACUAUGUAAGUUGCACAGAUUUGAAGAAGCAGUUGCAGAGUUUGAGAAGAUGUUGAGGAAGGGUUUAGUCCCUCAGUUCCUUACUUUCAAACGAUUGCACGACGAGUUAAGCAAGCGAGGGAUGAAUAAGAUGGCUCAGAAACUAAGGACCAUGAUGUCUUCGGUCCCUCAUUCCACAAAACUACCCAAUACUUACGACGGUGAUGGAGAUUCAUCGCGAUACGCAAGGAGGAAAUCUAUUUUGCGGAAGGCAGAAGCUAUGUCUGAGAUUCUGAAGACGUGCAGCAACCCAAGAGAGCUUGUUAAGGGUAGAGGUCUGAAUCCUAAUCCUCUAUCGAGUGCUCAUCAGUUGAUGAUGGACAUAAAAGGAAGAGCCAACUGAAAUGAGGAAUAAUGAAGUAUUAGAGGGUUAAUUCUCUAUUCUGCAUUCAUUUUACACUGCUCUGAGCGUCAUAUGUGCAUGAAUUAUAGCUCAUGCCAAAGGAGUUGGGGCACUGAAGAAAUGGUCUCUUGAUUGAGUUUAGAAGAAAGGUUCUGCCCGUGGCACCAAGUUCACUGUUUGCCCAUUUGUUUAUUUUCAUGGAGGAGAUCUCAAAGUUGGGAGCCUUGACACAAGUUGUUGGUCCACGAAAGAGAAUAUUUUGAGGGUGCAGAAACACCAACCGUAUAACAGUGUUAAAAAUUCUUGCUUCAACUCCAGAUUGUGAUGGCUGGAAAGUGGGUCCCCAACUGCUGCUGGAGGAAAAAAAGGGGAGCGAAGAGGGAAUAAUGAGUAUCAUUCAGAUUCUGAAGCACGAGAUGAUGUUUGCGGCGUGGACGGUGGCUGUGGUGAUGGCGUUGACGGACAGGAAUCAACGGCUGGACUGACGUCCGGAAUGGAGAUGCCAUGGUGAUGAUGGCGCAGCAGCAGUCUAAAGCUAGCAGCAAUGCCAAUCUUCCGCACGACAUUUCAUUGAGUACCCAACAGCAGCAGAAGGAAGCGAAGGCGGCGGCAAUGUUUCAUGGCUUUCUUGGUAUGAAGCCAAGCAGUAGUAGUAUUAGUAAUAGUAACGAUAAAAGAAGCAAAAACAACAAUGAAGCCUCUGCAGUUUUGGCCUCCUCUAGAAACGCAUCUGCCUCCUCAUCUGCUUCUCAAUCUAUUGUGGCUUCCUUUGCUGGCGCCGGCAUUGCUAUUCCCGGUGGCCGUGGUGGGGGAGGCCUCCUUUCCACCGCUUCUGAUCUCGCCAGUGAAAGACAGGUUCCAAAUCAUCUAGAAGGGAUUCCAUAUUAUGUGCCAAGAAGUGAUCUUUCUGUAGCAGGAAGUAAAAGAAGCAACUUGGAUUCUGCCUUUAUUGCAAGGGACGGAGUUACACAAAUCAUUGGCCCUGACUCCUCUGAAAGCCUGCAUUUGAUGAAGAUGUUGAGAAAGGCAGGUCCAGGAGAGAGACCUAAAAGGUCCGCAGAUGAUGAUCAGGGCUUGUUUGGUGUGCAGUCAAGGCCUAGUUCAGCCUCACUUAUAUUGCAACCUUCUACUACUGGGAGUAGGCUCGAUCCUAACAAGUGGGAAAGAUCUGCGGUGCAAUAUCCUCGUCGUGGGAGUCAUCAUGUUCCUUUUACUCACCAACUCAGUGCAAGCAGAUUUGGAGGGGAAGCCACUGCUGCUGGUGUAUCAAGUAUUUCUCAGGCAGCAGCUGCGGACGAAGGAUCCAGAACUAGCAUCAAAGGUCCUGGAGUGUUGAGCUCCAUCAAUUGUGGCGCUGGUAAUUCAGAAAGAACUACUGCGGCUGUCCAGGCGAGUGAUAGCAAACCCAGGCCUGGUACUCACAUUUUAGAACCAGAAGCUUCAACUCAUUCAAGUUGCCAGGUUCCAGCAUCUGCAAGUCGGCAAAUGACCAUAUUCUAUGGUGGUCAAGCGCAUGUAUUUGAUGAUGUUCACUCUAACAAGGUUUGUCUUCUAUCCAUUUACAGCUCCAGUGGAGACAUCAUCCUCUGUUGGUAUAAGCAUCUCUAUCUGCAAGCUUUGGUAACCAAAAGCUGUUUUUGUUUGAUGAACCUUCGUGGUAAUGCAAGCUAACCACUAUGCUUAAAAAUAAAUGUGAUCAAGUGACUUUUUAUUUAUAAGCUGAUAGUACACUUCGAAUACGAGGCCUGGGAUCUCAACUGUGCACAGAAAUUUGCGUGCCCGACGAGUCAAAUGCUCAUGCUUCAGUUGUUGUUGUUCUCGGAUAUUCUUAGAUCUUCUUGGUUGAAAUAGAAGCAAGUGCAUGCUCUUGGUUUUAUUGCAGAGAGUGCCAAGUGUUGUUGCUUACAUCUAUAUCAUUUAUGUUACAGGGAAAACUAUACACAUGCUGUUUAGUUCAUUCCUUGCACUGCGUUCUCUCGUUUACCUUUCCAUGAUCUUGGAAGAGGAGUUCCAAUUUAUAAGCAGAUGUUAUAAUGGCGCUGGCUGGAUCAAACGGGAUUUCAUGGUCCACGACUUACACGCCAAAGCCUACCCUUACUACAAGACCAAGUGGUGGAGGGAAAACUUCCGUGGGGAGCGUUGGAGAGUACGACACAAGUGAUGCAGGAAUCAAUGGCGCGUUAUCGGAGCGUGAGCUCCGAAGAAGGCUGCCAGUCGUCGGUAGUUCCAUACCUACUGGGGUGCCCUCUAGUGACCAGAUGAUAAUACGACCAACAGGCGGUCAUCAUCGUGAGUGCGGCGGUGUUGUAUUGGGGAGUGGUAAAGACUAAAGAGACGAGAGACCAAGAGCUCAAGGGAGAAGGGAGUGCAGAAAGAAGAGGUGUUUGAUGUUUUUCUGAAUUGGUAUAGAAGAAAUAAGUCGUCGCUGCUGUUGUUGAAGAAGGGCGGUGAGUAAUGGUCAAGGGUUGUUGUAAAUCUACACAUACUAUAAUACACCGAAGUGAAAAACGGGAGCCCCAUUUCAAAUUUCCUGCAACGAGAGUGAAAGUAGGAAAUACAUACUGGGAUUUGAACCAUGACCAUUUUAAAGAAAGACAAGGAUCAUAACCAAUCACACUAAGUACAUUUGUUGUAUCUUUUUA